AUGGGACGCUCUUCCCAAUUACUGUCCAACCCCGUGUUCACUAACAAUCAGUCCUCUGUUACCAACAGCACAGCAGCUGCAGCGAUCGCUGCUUCAGUUUACGUGGUCACGCCGGUGGGUUUCAAUACAAAACUUAUCCUUUUUGUGCUGUUUUUAAUUGUUGGAGUCAGUGGAUUGGUGGGCAGCAUCCUUAUUCUUUAUUUUCUUUCCAAGAAAAAGUCAGUUCCUUUUCUUCAGUGUUCUUCUUUCCUCAGGAACUUCGACCUCUACAUGAAGAGUUUAGCCCUUUCAGACAUACUUUCUUGUUCUAUUUCAGUUCCUUUGGCUUCUGUAGAAAUAAUGUCUGAUGUAUUCCAAAGUGGCUGGCCUUGUAGAACAGUUCGAUAUAUCAAUGUUACGUUUACCUUUAUAACAAUAAAUAAUUUAAUUGCUAUAAGCGUAAAGAGGUUUCUCUCAACCCGUGCUGUUCCUAAAACGUUUAGUGUUACUUCUGUCCGUAAAAUAGUGUAUGCUGCGUGGAUUGCAGGGUUUCUAGUUGCAUUGGCUCCUGCCGCAACAAUGAAUGGUAUAAGAUACAAUAUUACCGCUACACAUUACACGGUGGUCUGUAAACCCGAUACCAGUUAUAUACCUUACAGAGUAACUUUUGCAAGCGUUGUACUGAUACAGUACGUCAUACCAAGCAUUGCUUUGAUUGUUAUUAACAUCAUCUUGGCCAGGAGGGUAUGGAAAAGAAGGAAAGGAAGAGUCGAUAUACUGAAAGAUAACGCCAUUAGGGGGAGAGUGAGAUUACACCAAAUCAAAACAACUAAUUUACUUAUAAUUGUCACCCUGGCUUUUGUUAUUCCCUAUUCUUUACUACUUUACUACUUAGCCUAUGUUGCGAUAGUCAAACCUUCACUUGAUUUGCGGGUCGAUUUUGUUAUGAGAUAUUCUGGUGCAUUGCUUGUCUUUUCUAACAGCGCUGUAAACUUCUUCAUAUAUCUGGUUCAGAUGAAGGAUUUCCGUGUAUUUUUAAAGCAAGCUAUAUGCUGCAAGGGUUACGAUGCUUAG